AUGACACAGUCUGUAGUAACGUGGAGCAGCAACGAUGGGGUAGAUCCUGAUCCUGGACUUCACUUCCCUGGCUUGACACCCCUGAUCUUGCUCCUCCAGCUCCGUGGACCCGUUUGCCUGACUCCCGUCUACACUUGCCUCUACACUCCCCAGAUCCAGUUGAAGCAGGAGCAGGAGGUGCACGAGGUGCAGGAGGAGGAGCGGCAGCGCAAGGAGGAGGUCGAGGCGCACCCGUUCACAGUCAUAAAGGUGUCGCGAGACAAGGACCUGUGGGAGCAGACCGGCAGCGACCAAACCUUUGACCUCGUAGACCACGAGCACGUGAGAAGCUUCCACUUGCCGAACCAGAUGCUGUUUGCAGACUUCCAAAGGGAGGUGGAGAGGGAGGUUGGUGUACCGAACCACACGUACCGCUCCACCCGGCUGCUUAAUGCUGCAAAAGAGGGCAUGACGGUGAGAGGGGGGGAGGUGGGGGAACGGGGAGGGGGCGGUGGAAGGGGAGAAAGAGUGCGACAGGUGAGGGACUCGAACCGGCCAAUGGUUCCCCUACAUGAGAGGGCCAAGGACGACAUUCUGCUCUUUCUCAAGUUCUACAACCUAGUCACUGAGACGCUUAGGUACGUGGGUCGUCUCUUUGUGAAGCUUGGGCAGACUCCGGCCGAUGUGCGAGGGAAGGUCAACGAAAUUUGUGGCCUCCCUCCCACCGAUGACAUCCUGCUCUUUGAGGCAAUUCAGACGUCGCCCCUCUCCCCCCUCCCCCCUCUCUUCCCUCCAACACCCCAGGAGAUAAAGUUUGAGCUGAGUGUUAUGUGCGAGGCCCUGGACCGCACGGUCACAUUCAAAGGCGGGCAACUAGAGGACGCUGUGUGCAACGCUCCAACCCGCUCGGCCGAGAGGGUGUGGCGGCUGGGGCUGCCGGGAGUGGUGGGAGUGGUGGUGGGAGUGCGCUCCAAGGAGCACACGUAUGACGAGGUGGUGGCGAGGCUAGCAGAGGAGCUUGGGCUCAAUGACCCGUCCAAGAUCCGCCUCACCACACACAACUGCUACUCGGAGCAGCCCAAGCCCCGGCCAUCAAACAUCCUCUAUUUCGAGACGCUCGACAUCCCGCUACCAGAGCUGCAGAGCCUCAAGACUCUCCGCAUCUCGUUCCACAAUAGCAAGGCAGAAGAGGUGUUGGUGCACAACAUUCGGCUGCCCAAGAAAUCGACGGUGGCAGAUGUGCUUGCGGACCUAAAGUCCAAGUUCAUGGUGGAGCUGUGGCAACCUAAGGCAAAGUUUUGGAUGCUGCAGGUGGAGCUGUCACACCCCGAGGUGGAGCUGCGCAUGCUGCAGCUGUUCAACAAUAAGAUCUUCAAGACCUUUCCUCUUACUGAGCAGAUUGAGUGCAUCAACGACCAGUACUAG